UCAUCCCGGAGCCGCCGGCGAGAAAGCGGCGCUAACUCGUCGGGAAGAUGGUGCGAGUGCGGCGGAGCUGCAGCCAGUGUUUUGGCGCCUCAAAAAAUAACCCUCAUUAGCUCGCCUGCGCCUGUACGGUGCGCUGGUGAUCGGGUCGCGAUGUUUAAGAAGGCGAGGAGGUGCAAUUUUAGGCGGAGGAACGACUCCGAAGAUGAGGAGAAAGACGAGCUCCAGCCCCAGAGCGCUGAGCAGCAGCAGCAGCAGCAGCACCAGCCGCCGGCGCCGUGCGGGCCCGGAGCGGGGGGCGACUCUGGCACAGCCAGCGCCGACAGCAACGCGGUCAACAACCACGGAAACGGCUUUCAGUCCAGCGCUUUAAAGGCGGCCAGAGAGAAGAAAAGGAAGAAAGAGGGAAAGGAGGAGCCCAAAGCCAGCCUGCUCAGCUUUAACGACGAAGAAGAGGAAACUGAAGUUUUCAGAGUCAAGAAGUCCAACCACAGCAAGAAGAUUGUUAAGCAACUCAAGAAGGAAUACAGAGAGGAGAAAAUAGUCCAUGUGGUGCAGGACGUCACCACGCGUCUUGAUGGUGCAUCUGGUCCAGCAAUAGUCAAAGAUGAGCCAGUGGACAGCAGAGGCAGCAGUGAGCAGGGUGAAGGUGAGAUGGAGGUGGACAGUAAUGAUGAACCAGAAGAUGAGAGUGAAGCAAAGCCCGGUGGUGGAGGAGCUUUCUCCGAGACCCUGUCUGCUCUCAGCUCCCUCAGACCAGGUGAGAUCCCAGAUGCAGCCUUCAUUCACGCUGCACGUAAACGGCGGCAGAUGGCUCGUGAGCUUGGAGGAGAUGCCCCAUUGGUGGAGGCAGAGGUAGCAAAUAAACGCCUGGUUCAUGAAGAUGAGCAGGGUGGCAGUGAUGACGAAGAUGAGAAGAGGAUAGUUUUCAGUGGCGUCAAGCAGAAGAGCCAGCGGCAGAAAAUAGCAGAGGAGAUUGGUAUUGAGGGCAGUGAUGAUGAGGCUCUGGACACUGAAGGUAAUGAUGAAGAAGUUAGUCGCUGGGAGCAGGAGCAAAUUAGGAAGGGCAUUAGCAUCCCACAGGUCCAAACCAGCCAACCUGAAGACGCAAACAUGUACUACCAAGCUGGAUAUGAGGGCCAGCCAUAUGGAGUGUCCUACAACAUGCCUUAUGGAUAUGCUGCAGUUGGGGCAGACAGCAGCAAGCCUGUGAAAGCUGAGGGUCCAGUGCCCUACCCUAUACCUAGCAGCAGCCUUACCCCUAUCACUACAGCUCUGGUAAAGAAACGUCUCACAGACAGGCUGAGCUCUAUGCGCCAGGGCCGCGAUGCCAGUGCCCGGCGCUACGAGCAAAUCCAGGAGGAGCUGCAGGCCUCCAACAGCAGCAUCCUGCAGCUGGAGGACUCCUCGCAGCACACCGCAGAGCAGUACAAAUUCCUGCAAGAAAUGCGAGGGUAUGUCCGAGACUUGCUUGAGUGUUUCAGUGAAAAGGUGCCUGCUGUUCUGGAGCUGGAAGCUGCCAUGCACCAGUUACUAAGGCAACGGGCGGCACGGCGUGUCCAGAGAAGACAGGAUGAUAUUAAAGAUGAAUCGGCGGAGUUUUCAAGCCUUUCAAAUAAAGCUGUUAUGGCCCCUAAUCUGGACCCUUUCGGUCGAGACCGUGCGGCAUACCAGGAACUUGGCAAGCAGAGGAGGGUAGCAGAACGUGAGGCCAGGAGAACACGCCGCAGACAGGCUCGAGAACAGAGUGGGAAAAGAGCUGAACACAAAGAGGGACUGUCCAGUGAUGAUGAGGAGACCUCCACUGACAUUAACAGCUUUAACCUGGAGAGAGAUCGCGUUCUGAAAGAAUCAAAGAAGGUGUUUGAGGACGUUGUAGAAGACUUUCAUUCUUUGGAUUGCAUCAAAAGUCGAUUCGAGGUGUGGAGGAAGCUUUACUUUACAUGCUACAGAGACGCUUACAUUGGCCUGUGUCUUCCCAAACUUUUUAACCCCCUGAUCCGGCUGCAGCUCAUCCCGUGGUCUCCUCUGGAGGAUGAAUGUCCAAACUUUGAGUACAUGCUGUGGUUUGAGUCUUUGCUGUUCUACGGCUGUGAGGAGCUGACCAACACACGUGAAGAGGACAUUGACAUUGGCCUUCUGCCUGCCAUUGUUGAGCGGGUGGUCCUCCCCAAGCUUGCAGUGCUGGCGGAGCAGGUGUGGGAUCCGCUGUCACGUCGUGAGACCUCCCGGCUAGUGGCCUUUAUGAUGCGGUUGAUAAAAGGCUACCCCACAGUACUGCACGGAGAGAACCGCAACACGCAGGAGCUGCUGAGGACUGUUGUCAUGCGGAUAAGACGCUCUCUAGAUGAAGACAUCUUCAUGCCUCUGUUUCCUAAAAAUGUUUUAGAAAACAAGAACUCCGGUCCAUACUUAUUUUCCCAGAGACAGUUCUGGACCUGUGUGAAGCUGCUUGGGAACAUCCUACAGUGGGAUGGCAUCCUGUCUCAGAGUACUCUGAAGGAGCUUGCUGUUGACAGCACACUAAAUCGCUACAUUCUUUCAGCGCUGCAGAUGGCAGACUUUGGGGAAGACAGCGUGGAGAAAUGCCGUAGGGUGGUGGAGUAUUUCCCUGUGCAUUGGUUCAGCACUCUAAAGGGCCAGCAGACUCUGCCUCAGAUGGAGAACCUAUGUCGGUAUAUGAAGCACCUGGCCACCUCGCUGUACCGAUCCAGCCUAACAGCCUCUGAUGUGGACAAGAGGAAUGUCCGGGAGCACAUUAAGGAGGUGGUGAGGCUUCUGGGUCGCCUCAAUGCACUUGAUCAUGUGAUCACUGUUGCAUCAGAACAUGGAAUUAAAGACAUUAAGACACUGCUGGAGACUAAAUGAAGGACAGCCCCAUGGAGCAAUGACUCAGAGACUGUUGCUGUCUGCUCAGUGUAUAUAUUGUGGAUACUGUACAUGUUUAUGGGUUGGGAGUUUGUUUUUGCCGUUUUCCCCCCUUGCUGGGGUACACUGUUGUUUAGAUGGGUCUACCUUUUAAAAUUUACACCGGAUUGAAAUGACAGUGCUUUGUGACAUUUGGCUAUAAUCUACAGUAGUUUUUUAUUGUUUCUGUUUCUAAAAUAUGAUUGAGGUCAUACAAUUGCUGGUGCUGGUCCAUUCCAGAUGGCUGGUCCAGUGUUCAGAAGCACCGGUCACUGUGUGCCGAGCUGGGACUUUACUGAUGUCUUUAAAACCUCUGCUCAGACUGCCCAAGUCCUCUUUGUGACACUUGGAUCUGCUUCUGCUUCUGGAACAUUUUCUUCACCAUUUACAGCUUGCCCAUGUUCCGCUUCAAAAGACCCAGAUUGAGCUUUGUUGAUGGCCACUGACUGCAGCAACCUUUUUUUUCCCUUUAUGAACUGUGGCUCUCAGGCUGCAGUAUGACACAGCACUUCCUCCUCUUUGCUUAUGUGCCAUACAUAAGUCUUAGCAAAGUUAUUCAGAUGUGACUUCACUAAAGAAUGCAAUAAUAGACAUUCUGUGCAUUUUAAUUGUUUUUUUUCAUGGAGAUGUUUUAAUAACCUGAAUAAAGGUCUGCCAGUUGAAGCUUUGGUUGAA